GGAGAUAAAAAUUGAAGUUUUAUCCAGAGAAUUAGCAUAGAGACCCAGAAAUCAACAACAAUAGUAUUAUUCUCUUCGUUCACGAAUUUUCGCACAUACCCGUGAAAGAGCAAAAUAAAGGAGAGGAGUGUUAAGAGACGUUGGUUAGUCGUCCAAGGCUUUUCUGUGGAAGCAGGAAAGUGUUUCUCAUAUGGUUUUGGUUGUGGGAGCUCCAGAGGUGAAACCCUAAGCAUCCGCUCACAGAGGGUUUGCAUUUUCUUGGUUUGACGAAAAAAAAUGGAUGCAUUGAGGAAGCAGCUGGACGCCUUAAUGGGCGCCAAUCGUAACGGCGAUGUUAAGGAAGUCAAUCGCAAGUAUUACGAUCGAGAUGUCUGUAGACUUUUUCUCGUCGGCCUUUGUCCGCACGACCUCUUCCAGCUAACGAAAAUGGAUUUAGGUAAUUGUCCAAAAGUACAUUCGUUGCAACUACGAAAAGAAUACCAAGAAGCAAAGGCAAAAGGCAAAGAUAAUUAUGACAGGGAGUUAGAAGAUGUAAUUGAGAGACUUAUUGUUGAGUGUGAUAGAAAGAUUCAAAGAGCUUUGAAGCGUCUUGAAGAUGAUGAUGCCAAGGCUGCAAUUGCAAUUGCCGUAUCUGAAGUUACGCAGUCACCAGAGGUAGUUGAAUUCUCAAAGCAAAUAAAGGAGAAGUUGAAAGAAGCAGAUGAUUUGGAAUUGGAAGGAAAAAGUGAUAAUAAGAUCAGGGUUAUGGAGCAAGUUGAAGAACUUAGAGCUAAGCGAGCUGAUAAACAAGCAAUGUUGCUUUUAGAGGCAUUUAAUAAGGACAGAGCUUUGAUGCCUCAACCAAUUCAGAAUGCUCCACCAAUUGCACCAUUGCCUCUACCUCCUGAUGCACGGACACAGGAAAUGAUAAUUGAGAAGCUGAAGAAAGCAGAGGAGCUUGGCGAAUUAGGAAUGGUUGAUGAAGCACAAAAGGCUAUGGAGGAGGCAGAAGCUCUUAAGAAGCUUGGUGCAAGGCAGGAACCAACAACAGAUUCUUCAAAGUACACCUCCCUUGAUGUUCGCAUUACUGAUCAGAAGCUUCGUGUAUGUGACAUUUGUGGAGCUUUCUUGAGUGUUUAUGACAGUGACCGUCGGUUGGCUGAUCAUUUUGGAGGCAAACUCCACUUGGGAUAUAUGCAAAUUCGGGAGAAGCUGGAUGAUCUUAAGGAGGAGAGAAUAAAAGGCCAUAGACAUGAUCGACCGGAAGAUGAUGGAAGGUUGAGAGAUAGGGCAACUAGUAGAGAUAGAGAGAGGCCAUCCAGCAGAGACAGAGACAGAUCCAGUAGAGAUAGAGAUAGAGCAUCGAGCAGGGAUCGAGAUAGGGACAGAGAUGACCGUGAUCGUGGACGGGAUAGUGUUGGAAGCAGAGAUCGAGAUCGAGAAAGGGUGAGAGACAGGGAUCGUGAUAUCAGAAGCAGAGAACGAGAUCGGGGUCAUGAGAGGGAGUCAGAGCAUGCCAGAAGUUAUGAUUCUCGUAGUCGUAAGAGGUCACGGUCUCGCUCAAGAGAACGAAUAGUUGAACAUUCUAGAGACCGUGAAAGGGACAGGAGUGACCGCCACAGGCGUUAUGACCGGCAUGAUCGAUACUGAAAAUCUCCUAUUUGUAAGGAAUGCAGCAUAAUCUUUGUCAAAUCUGUUACUCCCUAGCUAUAGUCAGAUGUAGCUUUUGGACUAAUAAUAACUCUAGGCAAUAUUUGUAGGUACAAAGCAAUUUUCGUACAAGGCAGAAUAUGUUCAUCCCAGGUCUCAUAUGAGAUCUGUCUGCACAACUGAAUUGGUCUCGUUUUGAUGCAAGUGUUAGUUGGAUAUUGUAUGUGAGGCUAUAUUUCUGUAACCUUUGUUUUAAUCUACUAUUCAUAAAAAGCCAAAUAUGGGGAAAUAAUAUUACGACCAUCACAUGUAAAGAAUGCAAGUGUACAACUGUAUUCUGUGCUAUGAACUCUACUGGUGUGCAUCUUAUCAUGGUCAUCUUACUGAUUUUUUCAGCGCCUUUUAAAUUCAGAUCCAUGAUUUAAGUGCCACUUUGUUUUUGAUCAAUUGGAUUAUCAUACUUUCUGUAACUGCUUUUCAAUUUAAGUAAAGCUGCUUGUAAAUGUAAUUGCAUAACAAUUGAUAUUUUACGUUUA